AAAAUUGAUGCAAGACAAACUAUAUUAAAUACUGAACCAAAGUCUAUGAUAGACAGAGUUUUAAAUCGAGAAUCGAGACAAAUUGUUCUAGAUAGGAUCAUACAGAAUCAUAAAGAUAAUACUGUCACAAUAAUUACCAAUCCUGAACAAAUUAAAAGUUGUGUACAAGAACACCUAUACCAAUGGACGGAAG